AUGCAGACGCGGCUAAAACCAGCUCUCCUGGUAACUGUUUGAUUUGAGCCAACACACGCACAGUGGUGCCAAACAACAACAACAACAAAGUAAAAAGUGAUACCAACUCCUGUUCCGUCUUCUCCUCCUGUCGACCAAGUGCAUUUGUUUCAAGUGAAUUGAAUACGAAAUAAAAUACAAAUACAAAUACGAAUUUAAGGCCCUUGGCCAGCUGCUUUCGGAACUUACGCUUGGAUGGCCGCUAAUUAAAAACCUAAAAUUUAAUCAAGUGAAAGGAAAGAUCACAGGAAGAAGCCAAGCUAAAAGCGGCUCCCAACUCCAAUUGGAGAGCUUUGUUACCUCAGCGAUCUUUUUUGGGCCCAGUUAGUUAGCUUCCAGUGUCUGUGUGGCUGCCGCUGUUUAUGGCAAUUUAGCUAUGAAGCGAGGCAUGCAACUCACCGCCGCCUGGCUGUGCUUACUGGCCACGGCCAGCCUAGCCCAAAACCAGGAGUCCUCCGCCAAGUGGUCUCGUCAGCUUGAGAGCGUGGGCCAAUCCGAUUCCCUGGACUCCUUGGACUGGGUGCCCUUGGCCCAACCCCUAGAUGGCAGCAAGGAUCGCUCGGGAAAUGGACGCGUACUGACCUACUCGCAGACCUUUCCGCCCAGCGCACGUUUCGGGGAUCUGACCAAGACGGGCGCCUCCCAGUUCGACUAUCCCUUCCAGUUCCAGCGGUAUCCCAAUGGAGGAAGUCAGGCCCUGCCCCUCCGCCAGGGACCUCCACCGCCGCCAGCCAGUCUCAAGGCCGGAUCCCAGGAGCCCACGUCGCAGUCCUUCUUCAAGUUCGAGAUGCCGUUCCACAACAAUAACGAGGGACAGGCUCAGGCGCCGCCCACUCUGCAGACGGGAUACCAGAUCCAGCAUACUUUCGGAGCAGGAGCUGCAGGACUUCAGGCGCCCUCCUCCCUGUUCAGCCCGCCCUCGCUCUUUGGACAGCAGCAGGGACAGCCUUUUGGGGCGGACUUCCACUCCCUGGGCUCCCAGAAGCCGCUGGCUCAGGCACUGAACAAACCACUCCAUCAGCAGAACUAUGUCCAGGAUAUACUGCCUCCCAAGACCCUGGGCAAGCCACUGCCCACACAGCCUUCGCUGCAGAGUGUGACGCCCCAGGUCUUCCCCGUGAAUCCCGAGCCUGAGAAUCUCUUUGGCCUGAACAAGGCAGCGCCUUCGUCAGCUCCAUCUUCCAGUAGGGAUCAGGAUGUGCAGUUGCUGUAUGUCCCAUACGACACGCUCUACAACCAGCAAAGGCAGCAAUCGGGAUUGGGAUCGGGGUCCAGCUCCAACUUUGAGGUGAACAAGUUCAACGUGAAUCCUGGUCUGCCCGCUGUCAAUCCGUACCAGAUCAACCAGUUCUACACGCAGGAUCCCAGCGUGGGCAGCGACUUCUUCAGCUCGGGCACCACCACGAGACCCAGUACCACCACCAGCCAGCCGCAGAGCAUCUUCCAGAGCUUCGGCCAGCCGCAGCCCCAGCAAUCGCAGUUCACCACAGCGAAGCCGAAGCCCAAGGCACAUCAGCCUCCCUUGGCCAUGUUCCUGCUGCGCUCCAGUUCCCGGCCCUCGCAAUCCGAUGUGGUCACUGCUCUGAGGAAUGCCCACAGCAUCUCGGUGAUUGACUCGCCCACCAAGCAGACGCCGGAGAUCUUUGUGGGACCCGCCGGCAUGCCCAUUCCCGAUGGCUAUGUGAAGUUCGAUCUGCCCUACCUGUCGCAGCUCUCGCAGAACCGGGAUCUCAGCGAUGUCUCCUUCUUCGUGGCUCCCUUGAGCUACAGGACGCCGAAUGGUUUCAACAAGAUCCUGCUGCCAGAGCCGCAUGUGGGUUCCAUUGUGGUCAACAGGGCCAAGGACAUCGGUGCGAGUCAGCAACUGUCGCCGCCUGCCAGGCCCCAGCAGCGUCCUUAUGCCACCGUGAGCAGCACCCGUAAUCCCUUCGAGAGCACCACCACCCAGUCGCAGCUCCAGGCUCAGAGCCAGGUUCCCGGACGUGGCAACAAGUUCAGCUACUACUAUGUCCAGGAUGGCAUCCAGGAGGUGAACGCGCCGAAGGUGCCCGCCAAGCAGGAGCGGCACAAGAAGAAGCGACCCCAGAGCGUCCAGGUGGAUCAACCUCAGUAUCGUCCUUCGCCCACGAAGGCCCAGACCCAGAAUCCCUUCGAUAAUCUGAACCAGAUUGGCGGCGACGAUUUCUUCAAGACGCUGGGCACCAAACCCACAACGACCUCUACUUCCAGUACCUCCACAUCGACUACGACUUCCACUACUUCGACCACGGCUGCUCCCCAGUCGCUGUUUACCUACAGCACCCGGCCCCAGGUGGAGUUCCCCGGCUCCAGUGGCCAGCUGUAUCCCCAGUAUAUCCAGGAACCAGUGCAGGAGCAAUUCCCCAGGCUGACCACGCGUCCCCCAACCGCCUCCACAGCUGAGGAAGAGCAGCGCAUGAAGCAAUACUUCCGCCAGCAGGAUGCCUUCCGCCAGCGGCCGCACACCACAAAUCCUCCGUUCGAAUAUACACCGAGCUCCCUGGACUACGAGGUUCCUCUGCCCACAACGACGACGCAGAGGAUCAAGACCAAGCAGCGAGUGAACCUGUAUACCCCGGCGGCCGUCCCAGUGACCACUUCUGAUGUGGGCUACAAUAACGUGGAGCAACAGGCUCCCCUCAACCACCGUCCCAGCUACAGUCAAGUGCAGAACGAGAUCCUGGACAACAGCAAUGUGGAGUACGAUCCCAAUCCCUACCAUGUGCCCUCGGAGCUGCCACCCUUGACUCCAGAUAUUCCCGGACUGGUCAACAACCUGCAGGAGAAGGACAAGCUGCAGCCUGCCCUGGCCACCACUCCGUUGCCCGAGCCGGAACCGGAGACACGACCAACCAGGAGACCCGUCCUCCGUACUCGCAAGCCAGCCGUGACCAAGGUUACCUCAUCCGUGUCCUACUCAGAGUCGGAGUCCUCGGGCAAGCUACCCACUCACCGGAUCAGGAGGCCAUACAGCAGCCGAGGAACUACAGCGCCGGCUGCCUCCACAGGAAGCGGAGAUGGCGGCGAGGAGUCAUCUUCGACUCCCACUCGUCGUCCCAGCAGUGCAAGGAAUCCACUCAUCCGGAAUCCCAAUCGCAUCCGCUACAGGCCCACGAACGAUGAGCGUCACACGCUGAAGACCAAGAUCAGGAAGGGAUCGAAGAACGGCAAGGGCAGCGAGGAUCAGGAUCUGGACUACCAGCGGGAUGUGCUCAAGCAGAACUAUCCGGUGUUCAAGGCCUCCUCCAGGCGUCCCACCAGCCCCACGGCCAUUCCCAGCUCCUACGACGUACAGGGCACCACCGAGGGACCCGCCUCCGAGUCCCAGCAGGUCUACACGGUGACCCCGAGCAACAGCAUCGAUAAUGGCGGCAACGAGCAGAGCGGCUUCCCCGCCAAUCUGCUGGAACCCAUGCAGAUAGCCCAGCACUAUCAGGAGUUCUCCAAGGACAACUACGGACCCGGCUACUUCCCCAACCAGGAGGAUCUCAAUCCCACGGAGGCCAUCGUGCGCAACGAAGUCAGUCCCAUCUACACUACUCUGGCCACCACGACGCCAUCGACUACGACGACUUCGACUACGACAACCACGGAGGCGCCUCCAACUACCACCACCAGGCGUUCGCCAUUCGUUAGGAGGAACUAUCCGAGAUUGAGGACAACCACGACGACUGAGACCCCAGUGACCAGUACCACGCCCUCGGAGGAGAGGCCAUCUAUCCGCUCUCGUCUGCCUCCUCGUCGCGUGGUGAAGGUGCGUCAGCGUCAGCGUCGUCCUAGUCAUCCAGCCUCAUCCUCUACAGCAGCGCCAGAGGAGGAAUCGGAGCCCGUUACUCAAAAAGCAAAUCUUCGCAAGCUGAGUCGAUACAAUAACCCAGAGGUUAAGGAUAAAGAGACUCCGAGUCCAACUCCCCUCACCCAGCGUCGUCGCUAUAAGCAACCCUUCCAGCUGGAGGGUCAGGAAUCGCAGUGGUCGCCCUCCUCGGAAACAGCCAACAGCAACACCAACUCGAACAGCUUCAAGCCCCUGAACCCCAAGUACAAGGCGGAGACGCACAACUUCGAGAGCGAGCCGGAGAUAGUGACCAUGGGACCCACGGAACAGCCGGAGACCUAUGAGUUCAAUGUAGCUGCCGAUCUGGGAGGAUCGGGUGGUCAGCGCACCACCAUCAAGGCUCCCAAUCUCAAACCCGAGAAAUCAUUUGCCGAGCUUCUGGAGGAAGUGAUGGGCAAGGCACCGGAGGAUCACACCACAGAGUCUCCCAGCAGUACCUUGGGUCGCCUCAGUCGACGUGGCAAGUGGAAGAAGAACCGUGUGGCGACCGAUAACUCGGAGAACUUCGAGACAGCCGAGUCCCAGAACCUGGGACCACAGCUGUACAAUGCCCUGCAGGCGGCCGGCGAAAAGGAGGAGCUGCCCAAGACCACGACUCCCCUGACUCCCAUAAUCACCGAGGUUCAGACGGAAGCUCAGGCAAUAACCACCACAAUUGCCUCGCCAACAACGCCCGAGGAGUACGAGGUGACCACCGCCCGUGCCGUGGAAGAGGCCACCAUGACUUCGACUCUGCCGGUGAGCGAGGAGAGUGCCACGCGUCGCAUGGACACCGCUGCGGAUGUGGACGAUCUGGAGUCGCAGCCCAGCAUCUUCUCCGAGGUGAGGAAGCAGCUGCACGACCUCUUCGCCAUCGAGGAGAGCGAGGAUGAGGCGGUAACCGCCGCUCUGGCAGCCGUGGGCAAGCGUCGCCAGGAGUACACGAGCAUUCGACGCACCAGCCCCUCGACGCCCGCCGAGAAAACCACUCUGGCGCCGGCGAAUGAGGAGGAGGAGGCCAAGGCCACCGCCACCACCACAGAAGCCACCGUUGCAGAGAGCAAAAAGGAUAGCUUCCACAAGGAUCUGAUGGAGCAUGUGGUGUACGCCACCUCAACGUCGACCAAAGUCACCUCCGAGACGGAGAUCUGUUACCGCGGGCGCUGUAUUCGGUCCGAGGAUCUGCCCGCCAACCACAAACUGCACUGAGCAGGCUCACCCGCACACUCCUCCAUCAUAAAGGAAGGCGAAGCGAUAGAUCAUGUACAUAGGGGCAGAGGGGAUACGGGCAAGGAGGUGGGACUUGGCUCCUUAGCUCCUCCUUGGUCGCGUCCACUUGUAAUUACCUAGCUUUAACUACAAAUAUAUGUUAAGGAUAAGCAGACAAAACCCGUAAGGAAGGGCAAGGGAGGUUCUUGGAUAGGACAUGGGAGAAGUACAUCGAAUUCCUAUCAGGGAACUUCCUCACCAAAAACCCCUUGAGAUUCCCCCACUUAGAGCAAUUAGUUUUAGUUUCGUAGAGUUAGCAUUACGUCAGGAUAUCCAUUAGCCAGCAUGUAAGUCUUGUACCAUACGUACAUCGUUGUGUACUAACAUUACGACUACGAAUAAUA